UACAGCAUGUCGUUCGUCUUGUAUCAUCUUGCAAGAAAUGCAAGUAUCCAAGAACAACUAAGAUUAGAAGCUACAAAUUUGUUAAAGGAUCCUACAUCUCCUAUAACGGCAGAAAUUAUAAGGAAUGCUAAAUAUACUAAAGCUGUAUUAAAAGAAACUUUUAGGUUAAAUCCUCUCUCUGUAGGAAUAGGCCGUAUCCUGCAAACUGAUGUAGUCCUGAGCGGAUAUCACGUUCCUAAAGGA